UUAAUUUAAUUCAAUCUUUCUAAUUAUUUUCUGAAACGGAGAGAGAGAGUAUUAAAUAUUUAGAAUGUUAAAUUAUAAAUUAAAUAAUUUUAUUUAAUUGCAAAUAAAUUAAACUCAAAAAUAAUAAAAAUUUACUUACUAUUUAUUUCUUCUUCUCAAAAAUUAAAAAUGAAUUUUAGCUAGUUUGCAGGAUUUUAUAAAGAAAGUUUGAUUUAAAUGAUUUAUGAAAAUUGUUAAUAGAAAAAUUAACUAUACAACACUAUAGCUAAAUUAUCCGAGGCUAUUUAUAAAAAAUGCUAAAAAAAUGCUUCUGAUAGCUAAAUUGAAGACUUACUAGGUUAGCUCAAAGUUAUGGUGUAAUAUGCAAAUCAAGAUAUAUCGGCUCAUAUUGACCUUGCUUUGCAACAAGUUUCCAUAGCUAAAAGAGUACAAUUGAGAAUACAUCCAUAAAUAAAAGAUAAAAAUUCCUCAAUUGAGGAAGAAGAUUAAGACUCAAAACCUUAAAAUUAACAAUAAAGAUCUAAAACAGUAGAGAAUGAGUAUGAGGGCGAAGAUUUGUAAAAAGAAAAAAAUUCUGUUGUAAAAUUUUAAGAGUAAGUUUAAGAAGAAAAAGAAUCAACUUAAGAUGAAGACGAAUCAUACUCAAAUGAUAAUUAAUAGGAAAAACUUGAAAGUUUCAAAAAAAUGCAAAAAAUAUUUGAUACUGUAGAGUCUUAGAAUGGAUUAAAAAUACCUCUACAUUUUAGAGAUAAAUUGUUCUACUUGUAGUACUAAACAAAAGGUGUUUCGUUUUGUAAGAUGCUAAACAAAGAAGACAUCAAGUUUAUUUAUGAAUUAGUUUAAAUUUACGAAACACAAAAAAAAGUAUCUCUAAUUUUCGGAGUUGAUAACAGACUAAUAAGCAAAAUUGUCUUACAAUAUAAAAGAGAAUCAGGAAUUGAGAUUAAAAAAAUCCAUAGAAAUUACCCAGGCAAUAAGUAAAAAAAGUGUAAAACAACUUCAGCCAAUCAGCACUUCUCAAUUAAUAACGAUGAUGAUGAAGAAUUAGAUGAUGAUGAUGAUUCAAGUGAUUCUUAAGAGCAAGUUAAUAAAGAAAAGGUAUUUAAUCCUUUUGAUAAGGAUACUUCAAAAGAUAACACAACAAUUAGAAAAGUAAGAUUUUAGGAUUUAUAGUAAUCUAAAUAAGACAUUUCAUCUAAGCCUGUUAACAAACCUACUGUAAAGCAAGAAUAAGAAAAAGAAAAAUUUAAAUCCCAAAAGAAUUAGUAAACUGAAAAUAACUCUAAUGAUUCAACUCAGAAACCUUCCAAAUUAAUUACAGUAAAGUUAGAGGAUAACCAGAAUGAACAUACUUCAAGUGAAGAAUAAGAAAAGUAAGCCAAGAAGUAACUCAUAAAGUAGCCUCAUAAGAUUACCAAUAAUAAAGAUAAGCAGAAAGUAGUUCAAGAAAAAGAUAUUUAAUCAGCUUCAAAAACUCAUUUACCACAUAAAAGUGUCAAAGAGGGAGAUAAGUAGGAAUAUCAGAAGACCAUUUCAAAUCAAGGAUAAAAGAGAUUAGUCCAAGUAAGCUAGCAACAAUAAAAAAAAUAAAACUUACUGUAGAAGAAGUGA